GCUGGUCUUGACUCCUGGCCUCAAGUGAUCUGCCCGCCUUGGCCUCCCAAAAUGUUGGGAUUACAGGUGUGAGCCACUGCGCCUGGCCUCUGUCAUCCCUUCAAAUGUUCUUUCAGAACUGAGGCAUGCAGAGGCCGGAAGACAGGCUGGGCUCACCAGGGUGGUUAUCUCUGAGAGAGGACACGGGUGAGGCCAGAGGCCUCUCCCUGGAGAAGGAGGUAGGUGGAGAAGCUGGGUGGCAUCCAGAUAAGGAAGAGCAGCAUCUCCUUGAGAGUGUACACAGGAGCAUGGAUGGGGAGGGAGGCUGAGUGCUCCUUACAGGCCCACCCUGUUCCCUCCAGGUGUUAGCUGCUGUUGUCCUGGGUCUUCAGUGUUGACCAUCGCAUGGCAUUUGGGCAGCUGGUUCUGCUGGGUUACAGUCCUCAUGUCCCUGGCACAGACAUAGCCAUUGCCUGCUGGCACUUGAUACCUACUCAUAUUCCAUUUCUCUAUUCCAAACACACUGAAUUGCAUGGCCCAGGGCGCCGUGGUGUGCACCAUUGUCUGGCCCAAACUCACCUAGAAUACAUAUCAGGAUCUCCUACGCACUGCUUGGGUCCAAGAAGUGGUUCUGGCCUUAUCUGCCUCCAGCUUAGUUAUAACAUGGCUUAUCUAAAGGCUUGGGAGGUGAGGCACCCAGCCCUACCCACCCGUCCAGGAAGUUCCACACCUGGACUACUUUCAAUUUCAUUAUUUUAGCUUCCUGAGAUUCAGAGGCCAGGAACUGUGCAGAGAUCUGCAGCGGGGAUUCUCACAACUUCCAUUUCUGGUGAACAGCUGAGGUCAGAGAGGAGGUGGGUACCACUUGAGAUGGGCCUGUGGUUCCCGGGCACUGUCUUUCCAGACACCUGGAAUUCCCAGGGUGGUGGUGAAUUGAGAGGCAACCACCAUGAUGAGGGCAGAGACAGAGAAGGAAGCAUUGAGUGGAUAAGUGCCUGGAACAGGCAGAAGGGAUGUAGGGGAAGGUGACCAAAGGUAGGAUGGGGAAGUGGAUCCCAGGAAGCUUUUGUUUCUUCUGAGGCCAACUUACCACCACCUCAUUGGGAAAUUGUUGGUAGGGAGGCACCCAUCCAACUGCCUUGCAGAAUACAGCAAGGCAGGGAGCCCAGGAAUCAGAGCCAAGGGAAGAAACGACCAGUUGAGGUUAGUAAUGUGAAGUCUGGCAAUCGUGCCCCUCAUCCCUCUCUGGUUCCUCUGUUCGUCAACAUUGGCGCUAGUCUGGUUGGGGCAUGGUGGGCCUGCCUUUCCAUCCCUCAGGCCCCUUGGAACAAGGGGGCAACUCUGCUGUGGGAAAUGUAGAAAAUGGGUCUCACUUUCCCUAUUUGGGACAGUAGCUGCUGCUUUUUUCCUCCAGAUGGGUUUCAUGAAGGGCAGAGGAGAAUCUGGGAUCUGUGAUGUUUAGCCCUCUUUACUCAGUCAUGGCUGCCUCACCUUCUAGAAGUAAGGCAGGCAAAUCAUUCCAGGUACUGGUUGUCCUGGAACCUUUGGUUCUUCCCUGACCUCAUGUCAUGUGUGUCUGUGUGAAGAAAGUCUACCAAACAGGCUUUGUGUGAGCAACGAGGCUGUUUAUUUCGCCUGUGUGCAGGUGGUCUGAGUCCGAAAAAGGAGUCAGCAAAGGGUGGUGGGAUUAUCAUUAGUUCUUACUGGCUUGGGAUAGGCUUACAAAGUACAUUCUCAAGGGGAGGAGAAUAUUACAAAGUACCUUCUUAAGAGCAGGGGAGACUAUAUCGUAUCAGGGUGGGGCAGGAACAAAUCACAAUGGUGGAGUGUCAUCAGUUAAGGCUAUUUUCACUUCUUUUGUGGAUCUUCAGUUGUGAUACCCUACCUUGUUUUAACCUGAAUUGACUCUCCCUUAGCUGAGAGAGCCAGACAAACUCCAUUUUGGCUCCUUCACUUGCCGCCCCUUACCCACCCCGCUUCCUCAAGGACUUAACUUGUGCAAGCUGACUCCCAGCACAUCCAAGAAUGCAAUUAACUGAUAAGAUACUGUAGCAAGCUAUAUCCGCAGUUCCCAGGAAUUCGUCUGGUUGAUAGUACCCUAAGCCCCCACAUUUGUGUCCGGUUGAUGGUACCCAAAGCCCUCGUGUCUAUCACCUUGUGAUAGAUUUAAAGCCCCCGCACUUGGAACUGUUUGUUUUUCCGUAACCAUUUGUCUUUUUAAACUUUUUUUGCCUGUUUUACUUCUGUAAGAUUGCUUCAGUGAGGCUCCCCCUCCCCUUUCUAAACCAAAGGAUAAAAGAAAAUCUAGCCCCUUCUUUCGGGCCGAGAAAAUUUUGAGUGCUAGCCGUCUCUCGGUCGCCGGCAAUAAAGGACUCCUGAAUGAGUCUCGUAGUGUGGCAUUUCUCUACAACUCUCUUGGUUACAACACAGUUGCUUCAGGCCGUCUGGAUGUAUAUGUGCAGGUCACAGGGAAUAUGAUGGCUUAGCUUGGGCCCAGAGGCCUGACACCUCAGGCUGCCAAAUGUGGAAGAUUUAAAUACUUGAACCAAUACCCUCCUCCCAAAAACUGAAAUUGGCUUCUAUUUCUGAGUUAGUCCAGGUGCAAUGUUCGGCGUAUUUGAGGAAAUCACAAGAAUUAUUGUUAAGGAGAUGGAUGCUGGAGGGGAUAUGAUUGCUGUUAGAGGCCUCAUGGAUGCUGAUAGAUUCCACUGCUUCCAUCUGGUGGGGAAGAAGAGAACUUUCUUUGGAUGCCGGCACUACAACGGCCUCACCCUGAUGGACAUUCUGGACACAGAUGGGGACAAGCAGUUAGAUGAACUGGAUUCUGGGCUCCAAGGUCAAAAGGCUGAGUUUCAAAUUCUGGAUAAUGUAGACUCAAAGGGAAAGUUGAUAGUGAAAUUGCCCAAAAAAAUAACAAUUUCAGGCAGCUUCCAGGGCUCCCACGAUCAGAAAAUCGAGAUAUCUGAGAACCGGAUAUCCCAGCAGUAUCUGGAUACCCUUGAGAACAGGAAGCUGAAGAGGGAACUACCCUUUUCAUUCUGAUCAAUUAAUAGGAGAGAAAACCUGUAUCUGGUGACAGAAACUCUGGAGACGGUAAAGAAGGAAACCCUGAAAAGCGACCGGCAAUAUAAAUUUGGGAACCAGAUUUUUCAGAGUCAUCUCAGCUAUGAACACAAGGGCCAAAGGGAAGUGACCAUCCUCCCAAAUCGGGUCCUGAGCUAUCGAGUAAAGCAGCUUGUCUUCCCCAACAGGGAGACGAUGAAUAAGCAUUUGAGGGACAAAACAAAAUCCUUUCCAGAAGAGAAGGAUGGUGCUUCAUCCUGUUUAGGUAAGGGUGAUAGCCAAGUGAAAAUCUUUGGGUCUUUUGGUUCGGAGGAUUCCAGAAACAUGACGGAGAAGUUGGAGAACAUGGAAAGUGUCCUCCAGGAACUGACGGAGGACAAGAGGAAAGAUGUGCUAAACUUCCUCACUAAGUGCCUCGGCAGGGAGGAGCUUUGGCAGGAUCUAGAGCAAAAAGUAUCUGAGGUCCUGAUUUUCGGGGAGCUGCAGAUGGAGGACCCAGUCAAUCGUCUCCUAAGCAGCCUUUUUAAUGCUGCUGGGAUCUUGGUAGGAGCGCGUGCAGAAGCCAUUCUGGACUUCCUGGAUGCCUUGCUAGAGCUGUCUGAGGAGCAGCAUCUUGUGGCUGAGGCCCUGGAGAAGGGGACCCUUCCUCUGUUGAAGGACCAGGUGAAACCUAUCAUGGAGCAGAACUGGGAUGAGCUGGCCAGCAGUCCUCAUGACACGGACUAUGACCCUGAGGCACGAAUUCCCUGUGUGCUGUAUGUUGUUGUCUCUAUCCUGCUGGAGCUGGCUGAGGGGCCUACCUCCGUCUCUUCCUAACCACAAAAACCCUUUCUCCCCACAAGCCUCUGGGUUCUCCCUUCACCGGUCUGUCCUCACCGCCAUCGUCACUACCAUCCUGUUACCAGCGGGACCUCUUUAAAACAAGCAGCCAACCAUUCUUUGAUGUAUCCCAUUCACUCCGUAUUAACGUCCAAAAUCAGCCUGGAUUUUAUGCUUCUAAUUAAAAGUGGCAGGUUGUGCAUGUUAA